AGCUCGUUACAGAGGUCAUCUGGAUGGCACACAGUAUUCUUUACACCGGCCCGUUGAAACUUCACACAAGAAUUUAAGCAAGCUAAAUCCACUUUACUAACACGUUCCUCACAACAAACAGACGAUGCCGUUUGAAUCGAAAGAAGACAGGCUGAUUCUUCGUCACGCGAAGGGUCCAAGCGUUGAGAUUCUUUGGUAUGGAGCAACUAUCGUUUCAUGGAGCUCAGGGUCCAGAUCGAAUCCAGCGCUUUCCGAGCGCAUCUUUGUAUCAUCAAAAUCACCCCUGGACGGUUCAGAACCUGUCAGAGGCGGCAUUCCAGUCGUCUUCCCUUGCUUCGCGUAUCCAACCCAUCCGGACCACCUGAAACUCGGUAUACAUGGAUUCGCCCGGAACGAAUACUGGAAGUGGGAUGGGAAUAUUAUUGACAACGAUUCUGAAAUAUCAGUCAAACUUGCCCUCGACCCAGUCCCGAGCAUCACUGCCGUCUACGAUAAACUCUUCCAUCUUGACUACGUCGUAACGCUUUCCGAAUACACUCUGAAAACCGACCUGCAUGUCACCAACACGUCGCCCGACACACCGUUUGAGUUCCAAGCGCUUUUCCACACCUACCACGCAUGUCCUUCGAAAGACGUGCGAAUCAAACCGCUUAAGGAUCUAACCUAUUACGACAAGACUAAACUGACGGAUGGCAGGCCGACGAAGAGGGUCGAGGAAAGGGACGAAGUUGACGUAAACAAGUGGACUGACUCGGUCUACGAGAGUGCUCCCGGGACGUAUGAGAUCAGGUGGCCAGGUGGUGGUGUUGAUGUCACCACCAACAUGGAAGACCUUAUCGUGUGGAACCCUCAAGUAACUGCCGGCCGAAAAAUUGCCUGCAAUGGAAGAAGGGACAAAUUCGUCUGUGCUGAACCAGGUCUUGCACUGGCAUUCGAAACCCUUCAACCAGGGGAAAGCUGGAUUGGAAAGCAAGAGAUCACGGUUAAAUGAAGCCUUUUGAAGAGGCACGGAAUUCGCUUACAACUACAUAAAGGAAAUAAAAUCUUAAACUUAUGCUACCAGAGCUAUUGCCAACCAAGCCUUCGUCUG